UCGGUAGCCACCCCCUCCGCCUCAGCAGUAGUACCUCCGUCUGCAUCAGCCGGCAUCCCCCGUCCCGGUGCUCGGGCGGGGCCGAGCUUCCAGUCCACAGGCGCGGUCCGGAGCAGCGAGGAUGGCUCUGGGCGAGGAGCCGGCCGCGGGCGCGCCGGAGGACGGGGCGGAGGACGAGGCGCUGGCCCGCGGCGGCUUCCUCGAGUCGUUCUGCGAGAGCGCGGAGACGCGCGCGCUGCUCGCCCGCCUGCCGGCGGUGCUCGGCGACCGUGCGGCCCGGGAGGGCGCCCUGGAGCGGUUCCGAGUGAUCAUGGACAAGUACCAGGAGCAGCCUCACCUGCUGGACCCACACCUCGAAUGGAUGAUGAACUUGUUGUUGGAUAUAGUACAAGAUAAGACAUCUCCAGCUGACCUCAUACAUCUGGCUUUUAAAUUUCUUUACAUCAUCACCAAGGUUCGAGGAUAUAAAACAUUUCUUCGUUUAUUUCCUCAUGAAGUGGCUGAUGUACAACCUGUUUUAGAUAUGUUUACAAAUCAAAAUCCUAGAGACCAUGAAACUUGGGAGACUCGCUACAUGCUUUUACUGUGGCUCUCUGUGACCUGCCUGAUCCCUUUUGAUUUUUCUCGCCUCGAUGGGAACCUCGUCGCUCCACCUGGGCAGGUUCGAAUGUCCACAAUGGACCGUAUUCUCGAAGUAGCAGAGACCUACUUGGUUGUCAGCGACAAGGCCCGAGAUGCGGCUGCUGUCCUCGUGUCCAAGUUCGUUACACGGCCUGAUGUCAAGCAGAAGAAGAUGGCAGGUUUCCUGGACUGGAGCCUGCACACUUUGACUCGCUCCUCCUUCCAGACCAUCGAGGGGGUCAUUGCCAUGGAUGGCACGCUGCAGGCCCUGGCGCAAAUAUUUAAGCAUGGAAAACGUGAGGAUUGUUUACCCUAUGCCGCAACGGUUCUCGAGCGCCUGGCGGGUUGCAGGCUCCCCUGCAGCAACCAGACCCUGCUCCGGAAACUUGGAGUGAAGCUCGUCCAGCGGCUGGGACUGACCUUCCUGAAGCCCCGGGUGGCAGAGUGGAGGUACCAGCGCGGCUGCCGCUCGCUGGCCGCUAACCUGCAGCUCUGCGCCCAGAGUCCGCGGGAGCCGACAGUGCACGCCGAGACUCCCGCUGGUGACGGAGACUGUGAUGUCCCCGAGGAGGUGGAGAGUGUGAUAGAGCAGCUGCUGAUCGGGCUGAAGGACCAGGACACGAUUGUGCGGUGGUCUGCGGCCAAAGGAAUCGGUAGGAUGGCUGCGAGGCUCCCCAAAGAGCUGGCGGAUGAUGUGGUUGGGUCCGUGUUGGAUUGUUUCAGCUUUCAGGAGACGGACGGUGCCUGGCACGGUGGCUGUCUGGCGUUGGCAGAACUGGGCAGAAGAGGCCUGUUGCUCCCUUCACGGCUGGAAGACGUUGUUCCCGUGAUCCUGAAGGCGCUGACCUAUGAGGAGAAGCGGGGCUCCUGCAGUGUAGGUACCAACGUCAGGGACGCCGCCUGCUACGUGUGCUGGGCCUUCGCACGUGCCUAUGAGCCCCGGGAGCUGCAGCCCUUCGUGGCCGCCAUCUCCAGCGCUCUGGUGAUUGCCACGGUGUUUGACCGAAACAUCAACUGCAGGAGAGCAGCCUCUGCCGCUUUCCAGGAGAAUGUGGGAAGACAGGGCACUUUCCCUCACGGGAUCGAUAUUUUGACUGCAGCCGACUACUUUGCUGUUGGCAACAGAGCUAACUGCUUCCUGGUUAUAAGCACGUUUAUUGCCGGCUUUCCUGAGUACACUCAGCCAAUGAUAGACCACCUGGUGACCAUGAAGAUCAACCACUGGGAUGGAGUCAUCAGAGAGCUGUCUGCGAAAGCUCUGCACAACCUGGCCCAGCGAGCGCCUGAGUACAGCGCCACUCACGUUCUCCCGCAUCUGCUGUCGAUGACACAGAGUCUGGAUCUGCAUACACGGCACGGGGCUGUGCUCGCCUGUGCGGAGGUCACCCGUGGCCUGUACAGACUCGCGGUGCAGGAGGACAGGCCCAUCACAGACUACCUGGAUGACGCGGCAGUGCGGGGCCUGAAGCACAUUCACCAGCAGCUUUACGAUCGUCAGUUGUACAGGGGUCUAGGAGGAGAACUCAUGAGACAAGCAGUGUGCGUUCUGAUUGAGAACCUGUCCCUUUCUAAGAUGCCUUUUAGAGGUGACGCCAUCAUUGAUGGUUGGCAGUGGCUGAUAGAUGACACUUUGAGAAAUCUCCAUCUUAUUUCAACUCCUUCUAGACAACAGAUCAAGGAAGCAGCCGUCUCGGCCCUGGCUGCACUCUGCCGCGAGUACUACGCCCGGGAGGCUGGGGAGGCAGAUCCCGCUAGGCAGGAGGAGCUGACCCGGCAGUAUCUCGCUGACCUGCAGAGCCCAGAGGAGCUGACCCGCUGCGGCUUCUCGCUGGCUCUGGGUGCCCUCCCGUGCUUCCUCCUGAGCGGCCGGCUGCAGCAGGUGCUGGCAGGCCUGGGAGCUGUGACCCUCAUUCGUCCCGAGGAUGUGAGCUUUGCUGAAUCCAGGCGGGAUGCCUUGAAGGCGAUCUCGAGGGUUUGCCAGACGGUUGGCGUGAGAGCAGGAGGGGCCCCAGACGAAGUUGUAUGUGAAGCGAACGUCUCUCAGAUUUACCGCACGCUGCUGGGCUGUCUGCGUGACUACACCACCGACAGCCGUGGGGACGUGGGCGCAUGGGUCCGUGAGGCCGCUAUGACCAGUCUGUUGGACCUGAUGCUCCUGGUGGCGAGGGAACAGCCAGAACUGAUCGAGGCCACUGUCUGUCAGCAGGUCAUGUGUUGCGUGGCCCAGCAGGCGAGUGAGAAGAUCGACCGGGUCCGCGCGCACGCCGCCCGCGUGUUCAUGGCCCUGCUGCAUUCUGGUGGCUCCCCUGUCCCGCACGUGCCCCAUCGAGAAGAGCUGGAAAAGCUCUUCCCCAGGUCCGACAUGGCCUCUGUGAACUGGAAUGCGCCGUCCCAGGCCUUCCCUCUCAUCACCCAGCUCCUGGGGCUGCCUGCCUACCGCUACCACGUCCUGCUGGGGCUGGCCGUGUCUGUGGGUGGCUUGACGGAGUCCACGGUCAGGUACUCCACGCAGAGCCUCUUUGAGUACAUGGCGGGGAUCCAGAAAGACCUGCGGGCCCUGGAGGGCUUCAGCGGGACCCUCCUGCAGGUCUUUGAGGACAACCUUCUGAACGACAGGGUGUCUGUGCCGCUGCUGAAGACGCUGGACCAGAUGCUGGCCAACGGCUGCUUUGACCUCUUCACCGCGGAGCAGAACCACCCCUUCGGCGGGAAGCUGCUUGCGCUUUGCAAGGAGGAAAUCAAGAAGUCUAAGGAUGUGCAGAAACUGCGGUCGAGCGUCGCUGUGUUCUGCGGGAUGGUGCGGUUCCCGGGCGACGUGAGGAGGAAGGUGCUCCUGCAGCUGUGCCUCCUGCUGUGCCACCCAUUCCCUGUGAUCCGGAAGACCACGGCCAGCCAGGUGUACGAGAUGCUGCUCACCUACGGUGACAUCAUGCGUGAGGACGUCCUGGAUGAGGUCAUGGCUGUGCUGGGCACCACGGCCUGGGAUGCGGAGCUCCCGCUCGUCAGAGGCCAGCGGAACCGCCUGUGUGACCUCCUCGGCGUGCCCAGACCUCAGCUGGUCCCCAAGGUAGCCGCGCGGCCCUCGGCCACACUGGGAACCUGGGGCCCUUCCCACACGAGGCCUCUAAGUGCAGCUCCCAGGAGCCACCGAGCUCCAGUCUGGAACGUUCUGGGUCACGUUGACUGCUGGGCGCGUGCCCUCACCCCGCCUGCCCCGUGUACACUCUGCUGGCUCCUCCUCCCAAAGCCAGAUGAGUCUCACAGGCUCCUGCGUGCACGUCACCACCAGGCGUGUGUCAGGUGUGUCCUGUGGGCACUGCUCCCAGACACGUCCUCUGCGCCACCAGCCCUCAGCGGAGUUGUCAGUGACCUAGUUCACUCUCUCAGAUGUGCUCCUCCGUCACGGCCGAAGGGAGGCUGCCUCAGGCCGGUUUCCACCAUCACUACCUCCCUGGAUACUCGUCUGGUCCUGGGACUCUGUCACCCCAGGGUUUCCACGCCCCUGGCCUGUGCACUGUGGCUGCGGUGUCCUGAGGUUGCAGGGCCCUGAGCUCUCCCUCCAGGUUCUGCGUGACCAUCAGACUUUAGGCUCUCGUGUGUGUGCUUGCAGGGAAUCAGGACAGACUCACGGUCAGUGUCUCCUCAGGCCGUGGGCUCUGCCAGAGCGCAGCGGCACAUUCUGUGACCGCUGGGGACGGGGCUGGUUCCUUGGCCCCUCGUUCCCGAUCCUGCCCAUUGGCUGUAUUCCCCCGGACCUGGGUUUGGACCCUGGCUGCUGCCAAGCUUUUAUUGAGCAAGAACAUCCACGUGGGAGCGCGUGCGGUCCGGCUCUGUGCACACACGCAAUGGGCACCUGGCUCAAGGGUGGAGCCCCUGGGCGGGCUGCCGGGCUAGAGUGUUGCUGCACGAGAUGCUGGUGAGCAGAUUCCAGAAGGUGCUCGGGCUGCGUGUGCGGUGCAGGUGGUGGGCGCGGCCAGCACCCCGUCUGCGGUUGUUGGCCUGUGGGUCCCCUUCAGUGUUUUUGUCUCUGGGCUCUGUGGUGUGCAUGGACCCUGGAAUUGUAUCUGCAAAUAUCUGCUUGGGGGCAGGGGGCGCGGCUUAGGGUUCUGGGCUCCAGCCUUCAUCUCGUCCCGCUCUGUUGUUCGAGGAGCUGUUGAAGGUCUUACCGGUUCUAAGGCCGUGUCUCCUCAGUGUUUCUUAAAAGCUUUAUUGUUUUACCUCCUACAUGUAGACGCGAGGCCACUCGGGACUGGCAGUUGUGUGUGGUGCCAGGGAAAGGCCAGCAGACGCUUCUUCCACAUGCAGUCCGUGCAGCCCCAUUCUGGCCACGCUGUCACUGUGGUCAAAGUGGUCAAAGUGAUGCAUGACUGUCCUCUCGGGUCCUGUCCUCCACGAUCUGUCUGUAAUCCGGCACUGGCCUGUCUUGCUGACACGGGCGUGGGUCUUGUGAGACGUCAAAGUGAUGCAUGACUGUCCUCUCGGGUCCUGUCCUGCACGAUCUGUCUGUAAUCCGGCACUGGCCUGUCUUGCUGACACGGGCGUGGGUCUUGUGAGACGUCGUGGUGCUCGUGCAUUUGUCUCGGGUUUUAUUUUUCCAAGACCAUCUUGACUCCUAGCCCCCUUGGGUUUCAGAAACCUCUGGAGAAUCGUCAUCAGUUUGCAGCAGGGAAUCAGCCAGGUAUUCGGCCGAGGUCACUUGGAGCCUCUGGGUCCACUUGGCGAGAAUAGACGUCUGUGAUACAGUCUCAUGGCCUUGAGUACGCAGGACUCUGUUUUACAGCUUUGGAACUGCCCUGUGGUCUUGGAUACUCUCUUCUGUUUUUCCAUUCUUUUUUCUCAGCAUUUCAGUUUGGGAAGUUUCUAUCGACCAGUCAUCAGGUUCACAGAUUCUUUCUCUGGCCGUGUCCCGUCUUCAUUUCUGUAAGCAUGUUCCUGAUUUCUGGUGUCUCCUUUCAUUCCUUGACUUUCCACCUCUACUCUCACUGCCCAUCAGUCCUUGGUGGUGCCCACUUGCCCCAGCAGAGCCCUUGCCACAUGAGUCCUCCUUGUCUUAAGCCCUGGUCUGAUUAUCCCAACUCUGCCGUAUCUGAGUCUGGUCUAGAUGUUGGUGCCAUCUCUCCCAGUUGCUUUUUCUCGCCUCUUGGUGUGUUUUGUAAGUUUGUUGGAAGCCAGACCCGUUGUGCUGGUAACAGGAACUCGGGCCUCAGGAUCAUGAGGUUUGCGUCUUUCCAACAGGGGCCCCUCUGUUCAGUAUUGCCGCAGCUUGUCCAGCGCGUCGUGCCCUGACCUGGGUGUCCCCGCACCGUCCCCCUUGGAGCAUCGGAGUCUGAGAGAGGACCCACAGCUGUGGCCCUGGAGCCCUGCCGGGGAAGCGGUGGGCUGUGUGGCAGUCUGCGGUCAUCUGAGUGGACCUCAGCCAUGGGCUCCCGUGGGGCAGCUCUGUCCCCCUGUGCCCCUGCAGGUGCCAGGGGCUCUGGCAGUCCUCUUCCCUGGAGGGGAGACACCCAGAGUGUGGGGGACUUUCCAGGAUCAUGACCAGUGAGCCUGGUGCUCCCAGGGUCCCCCCAAGAUGGUGCCCACAGAGUCUGGUCGUCAGGUGUGCCUUCCGCCCAGUGGUCUCUGCUCCCGGCAGGGUCUGCCCGCGUCCGAGUCCAGCCCUCUUGUCUGGAAGAGAGAGAAGAGGGGCCGCCUCUCUUCUCUAACAGGCCGAGAACGCGCAGCACCUUGUUCUCGUCUUUGCGAUGUUGCGACACGUUGGAAGUGACGUCACUCGGAAUGUUCUUUAUCUGUAAAAGUGCUUCCUGCCUUCAGGUCUACUUUAGGGGUAACCCAACCGCACUAGGUUUUUGGAUGUUUAUACCAUUUCCUUUCUUACAUUUAAACGGGUCUCUUAAAAAUGGUAGUUAGGUCUUCUCUGUAUUUAAUCCAGUUGAGUAUCUUAAUUGGAGUUUUGUCCCCUUGUAUUUAACGUGUGGUUAUGGGUUUGGGUUUACAUCUAUGAUCUUUGGUUAUGGCUUGAUCUGUUUCUUUCUCUUGGCCUCACUUGGAUUUGAAGGGUUUAUCGCUUCACAGCCCCCACUUGUACGGCUGCUACUCUGCUAGCAGGGACCGCGAGAGCACGCAGUGAGCGGGAGGGCGGCACCAGGCAGGACCGCUCUCCUCGCCAUGUCCUGUCAGCUUUCCAGUCUCUUCUCCUUCAGGCUUGGAAUCACAUUGUUAUUUCCUGCAUCUGCUCCGGUGCCACACAGUGUGGUGGCCCUGCCCACUCUUCUGUUGGGCACCAGGGGGCUCCGUGAGGGGUGCAAUCAGCUGGCCAAGCGCAGUGCCAGCUUCCCAAGUAAAUGUGCUUUUAUCAGGAAUAUUUCACACACAGUGGAUGACGUUUGUGGAAAAGUACAGGGAUCCUCUGCCCGCUGCCUUGGGGUUAUGUCGGCCUCAGGGUCCUGGGUGGCUGGGGAAAUGGGGGCCCAGAGGGGGUGGUGCUGGUGGUCUGACCCUGUGCUGUGUCCCCAACAGUCUGGCACCCGCUGAGGCCCCCUGCCCGCCUGGCAGCGGGGAGGAGCCUGAUGACAGCACGGGACAGCUGGACACGGCGCAAAGGGACUUGAAGUUCGUCACCACAGCGGCGGUGGCUUUUCCUCACACGUGCCCUGGGAUGUUGGUGCUUUUGCCUUCACGUCCACGGGAACCCCGUCUAUAAAAUCAUGUUCUGAGCAGU